UCAGUCAAAUCUUGCUUGAGUGCUUGUGUUCUACCAAUAAAUAUCCUCUUCAACAUAAAAAGAAAUAAAAUUCCCAUGCUGCAUCUUUACUGGAGUGACUGGGGGAUGUAAUUAGUUCAUAUGUGCCUUUUCAGCUGUUGUAGUUUGGCCUGGUUUCUUCAAUAAAGGGGUGAAGGAAUGUUUUCCCAAGAUGAGAAAAACCGUGACAGUGAGCUAAAGGAAAAUCUAAAGCUUUGUUUACUAAAUAUAUUAGUUAUAUUAGCUACUAUAUUUGGUAUAUAGCUACUAUAUUUGGUAAACUAAUUUUUCUGUGGGUCCCCUUGCCCUGCAGUCAUGGAAACCAGGCCAAACUGUGACAAUUCUGGCACAUUGCCUGGGAUGCAAAUCCAGGCCUCAUGCGUAGCAGGCAAUAACUUUACCACUGAACAACCUCUACGUGAUUUGGAAUACUGAUGAAAAACCAUGAAAUCAUGGCAUCAGCCCAUUCCGUUCUAAGAAGAAUUAAAUCACAGCAUCCCAGCAGUUAGAAAGGUCCUCUGGGGAUCGAGUCCAACCCUCUAAGAACAAUGUUUUCCUUGUAGUGAUCAUCACUUUAUGAAGGCUAAAAGGAAGUUUUUAUUGAAUACAGGGUUGUUCUGUACUGCAUGCUAUGGAAUUGCUGACAUAUUGCUGGUUGUUGUCAUGGAUCUUGAUUCCCCUAUCCGAUCCAGUUUAAAGCCCUGGUGAUGAGCCCAGUCAGCUUGCUGUUACAUCCUUACUCCUCCCAGCCAGCCGUGGCCCAUCCAAUGUCAAUGUGCCCAUCUCUUGAAGGUGCAGCCAUGCCCACGGUGCACAAACCAUGAGUGUGACACCAUGACAACACUUGUGCCCAUGUCACUCCCAGCACAGCCCUCAGAGCUGUUGGUGGCUGUGUUGUUCCAAGUGCUGCUCUCUCUGCUGCCCAUAAUGGAAGAGAAUGCUCCGCCUCGCACGGAUGUUACGCAUUGCUCUGCUCGUGAACGCUGUCAUCUCUGUUGGCAGCAGAGCCAUUCCCACAGCUCCUGGCACCAAGCCUGCUGCUCUCAGCUCGCAUCAGAAAUUCCUCUAAUGAUUUCCAGAAAGGCGUUGGGAUCUUUAGUCUGCCUGUCUGCUGUAACCACAUUGAUCUGGGUCGCAGUUGGGAAUUGGAAAGUGCACUACCUCCCAUAUUACCUUCCCUGCCCUGGAAUCUUCUCCAAGGAACUCCUGUAUUUGGAAGAAAAGCCAGUCCAGCUUUUCCCACAAUUAUUUUAUCAGCAACCAAGAGUGCUGGCUCCAAAGCGUCAGGAUGUGCUAACAGUCACACCAUGGUUGGCCCCCAUCGUUUGGGAAGGCACCUUCAGCCCUGAGAUCCUGGACAGUGUCUACAUGCCAUUGAAUCUCACCAUAGGGGUGACAGCCUUUGCCAUUGGAAAAUACACGAGGUUUGUGGGCCGCUUCCUGGAGUCAGCAGAGAUGCACUUCAUGAAAGGCUAUCGAGUGAACUAUUACAUCUUCACUGACAACCCCGAGAUGAUCCCCAGCGUCCAGCUGCAACCUGGCCGAAGAUUUCAUGUUGUGCACGUCAAGAAAUACCCCAGCUGGCAAGAGAUCUCCAUGCGCAGGAUGGAGACUAUCAACCUACACAUAGCAGAGAGGAGCCAUCAGGAGGUGGACUACCUCUUCUGUCUGGAUAUUGACAUGGUGUUCCACAAUGCCUGGGGGGCUGAGACCCUCGGUGACAUUGUAGCAGCCAUACACCCUGGUUAUUUCAAUGUCCCUCGAAACCAGUUCCCAUAUGAGAGGAGGAGCUCUUCAGCAGCCUACAUCCCUGAGGGAGAAGGAGACUUCUACUAUGGAGGAGCUGUGUUUGGAGGGCUGGUCAAGAAGGUCUACGAGUUCACCAAGACUUGCCACAUGACCAUCCUGGCAGACAAAGCCAAUGGGAUCAUGGCAGCCUGGCAGGAAGAAAGCCAUCUCAACAGGCACUUUCUCUCCCAUAAACCCUCCAAGGUGCUCUCUCCAGAAUAUAUAUGGGAUGACAGGAAGCCAAAGCCCCCUGAAAUUUACCUCAUACGCUUUUCCACAGUAGAUAAGAACUACCAGGAGGUAAGAAAUUGACCUCCUGAUCCUCGCAGAGGGAUGUCCUCCAACCUGCUGAAUGUUAGCUCCCAGAGAAGGUAGUUUAUCUGGAGUUUAU